UAAUAAAUUUCGAUCUCUGAUACUUCUCGAACUUCAGUUGUCAUAUGUCCUUUGCCUAUACCAAAAAUUCAAAAUUAUCGUUCACAAAUGUCAAAUUUAAAUGAAAAUUUCAUGUUCAAAUCAAAAUGUUCAAUGCGACAAGUAAAAUGACUUUCCCAUUAAAUAGACGUUUAUUUGAAGUAAUAUGAAGAAAUUACUAGGGUAAUUACCCUUAUCAAAAUAAGGAUUUACUCCUGCUGGAUACAAAAAAACAUUAUAUAUUAUUUAACCAAUCGUCAAUUUCUUCCAUAUCUAUUUCUUCUAUAAAAAUCAAUUGCUUUAGAUUUCAAUAAAUUACAAUUAGUUUUGAAUAAAUUAGAACAUUAGUUUGGAGAAUGAAUUUUGUUAACUCGUAGUUUAUUUUAAACUUUUUUCUUGUAGUCAAAAAGCUUAUUUUCGCCAGAAAUGGCGACGGUACCGAUAAUAAAAUGUAUGUCGAAUGAGCAACUGCCCAGUAUGAGAUCGGUAAAUGAGAAAAACGGUGAAAAAGAAAAGAAAUUGACAGUGCUUGAAUCGCAUGGUUAUGCUCUCGGAAAGACUAUAGGUUCUGGAUCUUACGCCACUGUCAAAAUCGCGAAAUCCGAUCGACAUGACUGCCAAGUGGCGGUGAAAAUAGUUUCAAAAUUCCAUGCGCCCGGAGAGUAUCUCACGAAAUUUCUGCCCCGCGAGAUCGAGGUGGUCAAAGGAUUAAAACAUCCGAAUUUGAUUCACUUUCUGCAGGCAAUAGAAACUACACAUCGAGUAUACAUUAUUAUGGAAUACGCGCAGAAUGGCAGUCUACUCGAUAUUAUACGACGUGAUACUUAUAUCGACGAAUUACGUAGUCGCAGAUGGUUCCGACAACUCCUGGAAGCUAUUGAUUAUUGCCAUGAGCAUGGCAUAGUACAUAGAGAUAUAAAGUGCGAGAAUCUGCUCAUGGAUUAUCGUUUCAACAUCAAAUUGUCUGAUUUUGGAUUUGCACGUGGCCAGAUGAAGCAAAAAAAUGGCGAGUGGCCUCUCAGCACAACUUAUUGCGGCAGUUAUGCUUAUGCAUCGCCUGAAAUUCUACGUGGCAUCCCUUAUCAGCCUCAGCUUUCUGAUAUAUGGUCGAUGGGUGUGGUGCUUUACGCUAUGGUUUAUGGUCGGCUGCCAUUUGACGAUACAAAUUUUUCGCAGCUACUAAAGCAAGUCCAAAACAAAGUGAUCUUUCCUAAACGUCCUAAGGUAUCUCAGUCAUGUCGCUUUCUCAUCACCCGUAUAUUAGUACCUCAAUCUGCACGAUUACGUAUCAAUAAUAUAAGAAGUGAUGCUUGGCUUGAAACAUCUGUCGUUGCUCAAACAUCAAUUAGUGGCAGAUUUAUCGGAGUAUUAUCUACAAUGCCUGCAACUAAAGAGUCCAAAAUAUUCGAUGAAUGUAUAGUAUCAAUUACUCCUGCUAUUUUUCAAGAAAACGAAAAAUCAGAAGAUAUUGCUGUCCAAGAUAAUACGGAAAUAAAAAAAACUGACUUAAAUAUAAAGAUAUAA